GGUGGCCGCGGGCGCGGCGGGGCGGGGCGCGCUCUCCCCCCGCCCGCGGAAGUGCCUGGGAGGUGGGCAGGGCCGGGGCGGGGGCGAGGCCGGAGGAGGGCACGUCGGCGCCUCAGCGAGGAUGGCAGUCCCCGGGACCCGGAGCUGAGCGACCCACAGCGCGCGGUGGAGAGGGCGCGGCGAAGGAAGGCGAGGCUCGCUGUUCCUUCGCGAGCCCAACACCGUUCCCGCGCAGCUACGAUGAUCCCUCCGAGCUGCGCCGGCGAGGACGGCGUGGACGGGCUGCCCAAGAAGACGGCGAACGCCGAGCAGCCGCCCUCUCCUGCAUCCUCCAGCGGCCAGGAAUCCAAGCUCCAGAAACUAAAACGAUCACUUUCUUUCAAGACCAAGAGUUUACGGAGCAAAAGCGCUGACAACUUCUUCCAGCGAACCAACAGCGACGUGAAGCUGCAAGCAGACAUGCUGGCUGAGGUCAGCCCCGGCUCCAGCCCGCUCCCUGCUCCCGGAAGCCUGGCGUCCACACCUACCAGGGCUGGCCCGCACCCAAGCAGCAGCAGUGGCAAGGUCCAUGCCUUUCAGGAAUACAUCUUCAAGAAGCCCACUUUCUGUGAUGUCUGCAACCACAUGAUUGUGGGGACCAACGCUAAGCAUGGACUGCGCUGCAAGGCCUGUAAGAUGAGCAUCCACCACAAGUGCAUGGAUGGCCUAGCACCCCAGCGGUGCAUGGGCAAGCUGCCAAAGGGUUUUCGACGUUACUACAGCUCCCCCUUGCUCAUUCAGGAACAAUUUGGAUGCAUUAAAGAAGUUAUGCCCAUUGCCUGUGGCAAUAAGGUGGACCCAGUCUAUGAGACCCUCCGCUUCGGCACUUCCCUAGCCCAGAGAACGAAGAAGAGCAGCUCUGGCAGUGGCUCUGAUUCUCCUCACAGAACCUCUACUUCAGAUCUUGUGGAGGUUCCCGAAGAAGCUGACGGGCCAGAAGACGGGUAUGACCUGCGGAAACGCAGCAACAGUGUGUUUACGUAUCCAGAAAAUGGCACUGACGAUUUCAGAAAUCAGGCAAAGAACAUAAACCACCAGGGACCUCUUUCCAAAGACCUAUUACAAAUGAACACCUAUGUUGCCUUGUACAGAUUUGUACCACAGGAGAAUGAAGAUUUGGAAAUGAGGCCAGGAGACAUGAUUACUCUUCUAGAGGACUCCAAUGAAGACUGGUGGAAAGGGAAAAUUCAAGACAGGAUUGGAUUCUUUCCAGCCAACUUUGUUCAGAGAGUCCAACAAGAUGAGAAGAUCUUCAGAUGUGUUAGAACCUUCAUUGGGUGUAAGGAACAGGGACAGAUAACACUGAAAGAGAAUCAGAUCUGUGUGACUUCUGAAGAAGAACAAGAUGGCUUUAUCAGGGUCCUCAGUGGAAAGAAGAGAGGCCUCGUCCCCCUCGAUGUCCUAGAAAACAUCUGAGCACCGGCCCCUCCUCCUUGGGCAGGAGGCAAGCUCUGCUGGCGCACCGUCCGCCUCAUCUCACACUGUGUCAACCCAGAGGAUGUGUCGCACUGACCCGGCCACCCAGCAAACACUGAGACGAGACUCGAGGAACCAAGACUGUGGAGUAACAGCCACAAAACAGACACAUAUCCAGGCUGCGCAGGGCGGGGGCGAGGCUGAGGAGAGUCUGCCGGAAGCACCGAGGUCCACUUCUGGCAGCUGCAGCAGGGCUGUAUACCACAGCUGUCCCCCGGGACUGAACUCCCUCCCUGUCCAUGUGGUAUAAGGUAACCCGCUGAGGUGGGCUCCAGUUUGCAGAGCGGCCCCCACGCAAGGUUCAGAUACAUGCAGCCAAGUGUCAUUCUGGCUCCAGGCCUUUGUCCCCAGUAUAGCCGGCACAUUUCAGACCCUGAGCAGUCUCUCUGCACAGCAUCAGGAAGGCCCACUUCCUAGCCCCUGCCCCCCAAUUCCAGUGCUCUCCAGGACCCCCUUACUUUGCAAUUGUGCUGUUCAGAGUAGCAGAUACUUUCUUUCUCUCCUGUCCUCCAAGUGAGUCCUGGGAGUGUGCAGUAGCCAUGAGGGCUAAGUUGACAUGGCACCAACUGUGAAGAUGCAAAGACUGCUGACAGGUGGUCCUUCCUGCUGCUCUAUUUACCGAUCAGGGAGGCAACAGAGCAAGAAACAAGGUGUAGAUAUACAGGGGGAGGAGCAAGUGGGGAUAAAAGCCCUUAUUUAUUGAAUAUUAUACAGCCCUUUCAGUUAUGUUCUUUCAGUCAACACACAAAGGCCAUGAAGUCUGGUUUCCCCAAGGAGAUAAAGCUAGGGAAGAAAAUGUGGCAAAAGUCUCACUGAUAAGUUCCAUUUUCAUUUCACAUCCUCUAUAUUGGAGUUUCCCGCAUUAUAUCCUCCAGAACUUUCCCCACCUUGCAGGGAACCAGGAAUACAUUGGGGAACUAACAAUAGCACCUUAGAAGAAAUGUAGCCAACUUGGAAUCCAUCCUUCUUUAGGACAGCAUAUUAUACCCUAGCAGAUGUAAAAUGGAAAAGAAUCCUUAAUGCUUCAUCCCUCUGAAGGCAGAGGAGUUGGGACCUAUUUAGCAUCAACUAGGGGAAUCUCUAUUAUUCCGUACUUGUAUAAUGUUUACAAGAAUGCAAUAUACUGUGAUGCCUUCCUCAUCAAGUCUCCUUCUAGUACUCAAACUUGCAUUCUAUUUGUCAUUAAUAUGGUUAAACUUCAACUCACAAUGACCUUGGAAUCAAUGUCAGUUUGAUAUAUUUUGUUACAGAGCAAUAAAAUCAUUAGAGCAAUUGGUUUUUUAAGGAUUUACGUGGAUACAUUCUUUGCAUGUAAGCAUUAUUUCCCAAAUUAAAGCAUCAUUAGUCUCCAUUUUCUUUGUUAAUGCUCAGUGUGAAUUUGGGAGCUGAGAUGGGAUGGCUUUUGAUUUGACAGUAGUCUGGAUGCCUUACUCUCAUUUUAAAGCCAGCAUCCAGAAUUUCCUCCCUUUUUGUGAUACGACAUGUAAAACCAGAUGUAGAGGGUCUAAAUGGAUUCUUUGAGAGCCAGGGUGGAUAAUAUGACUGCCUUUCUGUAAAAUUAAAUGCCAGAGUACAAACACUCUUGGCCUUGGCUCUAAUUCCAUUUAAUAAAGACAACACAGUGGCUUUGAA